AUGUUUCUUACUAUUGUUCUCAUCACAAUUCUUGUUUCUCUUAUUUCUGUCUAUUUAUGGACAAUCAAUAAUCGUUAUAAUUAUUUCAAACAUCGUGGUAUUUCAGGACCUUCAUAUCAUUUCUUUUUCGGUCAUUACAAAACAUUAUGGUCAACAAAAUCAUUUUCGAAACAAAUACAAGAAUGGACUCAUCAAUAUGGUUCAAUUUAUGGAUUAUUUCUCGGUACAAGACCAAUGUACGUUAUAUCAGAUGUUGAUUUUCUUCAAGAAAUUUAUAUUAAACAAUUUUCAUCGUUUCAUUCACGCAUGAUUCCAAAAAUUUUACGUAUUGAAACUGAUGGAAAAAUUCAUCUUUUUCGAGCAACUGGAGAAAGAUGGCGUCGUCAAAGACAUAUUAUUAAUCCAACAUUUUCAUCAUCAAAACUUAAAUUUAUGUCUUCUUUAGUAAAUGAAUGUAUCACAACAAUGUGA